CCGGUAACACCUCCACCGUCCCGGGUGGUGCUGGGAACCUCACCAACCACACCAACCAGUUUGUUCAGCCGGCGUGGCGUCUGGCCCUGUGGGCGGCGGCCUACAGCCUGGUGCUGUUGGUGUCGUUGAGCGGCAACCUCAUCGUCUUGUGGAUCAUCCUGGCACACGGACGGAUGCGCACGGUGACCAACUACUUCCUGUUUAACCUGGCGCUGGCGGACACGUCCAUGGCAGCCUUCAACACGCUGGUGAACUUUGUCUACGCCGCUCAUGGCGACUGGUACUUCGGCCUCGCCUACUGCAAGUUCCACAACUUCCUCCCAGUGACGGCGGUGUUUGCCAGCAUCUACUCCAUGAUGGCCAUCGCUGUGGACCGCUACAUUGCCAUCAUCUACCCACUGAAGCCCCGCCUUUCUGCAACAGUAACCAGGGCUGUCAUUGGCUGUAUCUGGAGCAUGGCUGUGGUUCUGGCAUUUCCACUGUGCUACUACUCAACCACCAAACGGAUCGGACAGAGAACGCUCUGUUACGUCUUCUGGCCCCACAGUGCACAGGACGCAUUCAUAUAUCAUAUAAUAGUAGCAGUGUUGGUGUACAUGCUGCCUCUAGUGGUGAUGACAGUUACCUACAGUCUGGUGGGCCGGACCCUGUGGGGUGGAGAAAUCCCUGGAGAUUAUAAUGAUAACUACCACCUUCAGAUACAAGCCAAGAGGAAGGUGGUGAAGAUGAUGAUUAUGGUGGUCGUGACGUUUGCAGUGUGCUGGUUACCUUACCAUCUUUACUUCCUGGUUACAGGUCUCAACAGACAGCUCCAAAGAGUCAAGGCCAUACAACAGGUGUACCUGUCCGUGCUGUGGCUGGCCAUGAGCUCCACCAUGUACAACCCAAUCAUCUACUGUUGUCUCAACAACAGGUUCCGUGCAGGCUUUAAGCGUGCUCUGCGCUGCUGUCCGUUCAUCCACCUGACAGAAUACGACCAGAUGGAACUUGGUAGCAUCGGUUUCCAUGCCAACAGGAAGAGUAGCAGCGUCUACACCCUGACCCGCCUGGAGUCCGGCUCCACAGACGAACGCAACUUCAGAGGGAGGAGGAGUCAGGGUGGUCGUCAUGGUAGCAUGAUAUACAAUGGGCUGGGUCGCCACGGAACCCAACACACGUACUUAUCACAGGCUAGUUACCAUAGUAACCCCAGAGGAUCCGUCACUGCUAUACAGCUGACCUGAAACCAACACGCAGAAACACACAGGAUGUUAUAAAGUCUAUCCCAUAACCCCUGAAUACAGAGACACCAAGACUGUCCCAUCACUGAAACACGCGUGUAGGACAGGAUGUUAUAAAGUCUAUCCCAUAACCCCUGAAUACAGAGACACCAAGACUGUCCCAUCACUGAAACACGCGUGUAGGACAGGAUGUUACAAAGUCUAUCCCAUAACCCCUGAAUACAGAGACACCAAGACUGUCCCAUCACUGAAACACACGUGUAGGACAGGAUGUUAUAAAGUCCAUCCCAUAACCCCUGAAUACAGAGACACCAAGACUGUCCCAUCACUGAAACACGCGUGUAGGACAGGAUGUUAUAAAGUCUAUCCCAUAACCCCUGAAUACAGAGACACCAAGACUGUCCAUCACUGAAACACGCGUGUAGGACAGGAUGUUAUAAAGUCUAUCCCAUAACCCCUGAAUACAGAGACACCAAGACUGUCCAUCACUGUUGGGACAGUCUCAGGAUGACAUUUCAGGAUGAAAUGUACAUUUUAAAUCAUUGUGAAUGAAUGUCACAAAUUAAAUAUCACAUAGCUUGAUCAUGUUAAAUGUGAAUGUAUGCUACACAGUUUUGUUUUUUACAUAAUGUUUGUUAAUACUGUCAGUUGAACUUGAAUGUACACAAUGUUAAUAAGCAGAUGUCUGUCUCUGUUUCUUUAACACCUCAGCCAGUGACACACAGACUUUCCUCUGCAGGGACUCAGGUUUUCCUGUGACUCUACUCAGUAACAAGGCUGUGCUCAGUGAGCCUGAACUUUGUCACAGUUUCCAUAUAAAAUAGUUUGGAGUUGAUUUAAGGACAGAAGCAGUUCGUGUUGUUUUGUUUUCAUGUGGUUUUAUUUUGGUUAUUCUGUUUGGUUGGGUGUUUCGGCUCCUGGGUCUUAAGUUUGUUAGUUUUGUUAAGUUUGAUCCUAAGAACCAGCUGGCUGAAGGGACUCUUGUCUUUGCUAAAUUCUUGAUACUGCAGAACUCAGUAAUGACCUGAGAGGGCUGUGUUUGAUCAACUGUCUGCAGGGCCCAGUAAUGACCUGAAAGGACUGUGUUUGACCAACUGGCUGCAGGGGCCCAGUAAUGACCUCAGAGGACGGUUGGACCAACUGGCUGCAGGGCCCAGUAAUGACCUGAGAGGACGGUUGGACCAACUGGCUGCAGGGCCCAGUAAUGACCUCAGAGGACGGUGUUAGUUUAGCAAGCAAUUAUUUGUACAGCACAAUUACAUAUAAUCAAUUAAAUCGGCUUUACCAAUAAAAAUUGGUCGUAUGGUUGGUCAGUGGUGCACACAUCAAUUCUUCCCUUCAGUGUUGCAUUGUGCCAAUGGAAACAAAUGGGGGAAGAUAAUAGCCGUUGCGCACCCUGUUAUUAUUCUAAACAGCCAGACAAAACACUACUGACAUCAGGACACAGAGCGUAAAUGUGUGGGUUGUGUGCGUGUGUGUGUUGUGUGCUUGUGUGUGUAUGUGUUUCUUUUUUACCGUCUUAAUGAGAACCAACAUUUAUUAAAGGACCUAAGGUGCUCCAUAAGACAGUAAAACAAGAAC